AUGCCUCACUCUGGACCAAUUCGCACCGCUCUGAAAGUAGACUUGGAGAAGCCAGCUAAGGAUCAGGAGUACCUCCAUAAUCGAUGGCACCCGGACGUCCCGUUCUGCGGCACCAUUAAGAAUGGCGAGACGGUCAAGAUCGAAUGCCUAGACUGGACUGGCGGACAGAUCAAAAAUAACGACAGUGCUGACGAUGUCAAAAAUGUGGAUCUGACCCAAGUUCACUACCUCUCUGGCCCCUUUGAAGUUGAAGAUGCUGAGCCAGGUGAUGUCCUACUUAUCGAGAUUCAAGAUGUCCAGCCGUUCGAGCACGAGCCCUGGGGCUUCACGGGCAUUUUCCACAAAGACAAUGGUGGCGGGUUUCUCGAUGAGCACUACCCGGAAGCUGCAAAGGCUAUCUGGGACUUCCAAGGCAUCUUCUGCACCUCUCGUCACAUUCCGGGCGUCAGGUUCGCUGGCUUGAUUCAUCCUGGCAUUCUCGGCUGUGCUCCUUCGCACGAGAUUUUGGCCGAGUGGAACAAGCGCGAGGCAGAGCUCAUCAGCACCACCUCCCUCAAGCGUGUGGUCGCACAGCCUCCCGAGCCUCAGAGCGUACAUGCUGGCAAAGGCGGCGCGGAUAUCAAGGAGAAAGUAGGUAGGGAAGGUGCGCGGACCAUCCCUGGCCGCCCCGAGCACGGUGGCAACUGCGAUAUCAAGAACCUCUCCCGCGGCAGCAAAGUGUACCUUCCCGUGCACGUCAAAGGCGCGAAGUUCAGCGUCGGCGAUCUGCACUUCUCGCAAGGUGACGGCGAGAUCUCCUUCUGCGGCGCCAUCGAGAUUGCCGGCGUCAUCACCAUCAAGUUCGACGUGAUCAAGAACGGCCAGGCCAAGCUGGGAAUGGUGGGCGGCAAAUCCCCCAUCUACAUCCCUGGCCCAGUGCAGCCGCAAUUCAGCCCCGGGCGCAUGCUGUACUUCGAAGGCUUCUCCGUCGACGAGCACGGCAAGCAGCACUACAUGGACGCCACCGUCGCGUACCGCCAGUCCUGCCUGCGCGUGAUCGAGUACCUCCGCCGCUUCGGCUACGACGACUACCAGAUCUACCUGAUGCUGUCGUGUAUCCCCAUCGAAGGCCACAUCGCCGGGAUCGUUGACAUCCCCAAUGCCUGCACCACCAUCGGCCUGCCCAUGGAUAUCUUCGAAUUCGAUAUCAGUCCUGGCGCCGAUGUCAAGAAGCUCGAAUUGGGGAGCUGUGCCAAGUAG